CCUCCUGUGAUUCCGCAGAAACAUGACGUUUGAGCGGAGAGCUGAGCGGCGCGGCGCUGCGCUCCUCUUAUCUCAACCCGGCGGACGACGCGCGUUCUCUCUGCGGACUUUUGCCCUCUUACUUUGAAAGGUACUGAUAAGAAGCAAGCGACGAGAGGGCAACUAGAAACAAUGUUUUCUCAAAACUCUCCAAAAAGUCCCUCCAAGUAUGUGUCCAAGUCGUCGCCGGGCUGCGGGGAGCAGAUCUGUAUGGACUUCACCUGCAGCGGGAGACACAGCGCGCGAGACCUCAAGAACAAUGGCGUUGACUUGGAGAAACAAGGCCUCGACAACUUGGCGUAUGAAUGUGGCAGUCAGAGUGAGCUCUACCCGCCACCAAAAACUUGUUCCAGGUCAACUUUCAAACUUCUGGGACUCUCCCCUGAGCACCAGACCCAAGCGAUCGAAAGCAGAAUAUGUGGCUUGCGUGGAGUUGUCGCUGCGAGCUUGUCUUCACCUGACAGUUUGGCCAAAGUGGACUAUGAUAGCUCAGUUAUCACAACCAAAGAGAUCGCACUGGAGAUCCACGCCUUAGGAUUGAGUGUGGAGUCGGUGGCUCGGAUCACAGUGGACGGUAUGCACUGUCAGUCGUGUGUGCAGUCCAUAGAGGGGCGGAUCGGGGUUCUACCUGGAGUUUCACACAUUGAGGUUUCUCUUCAGGACGGCUUGGCGCUGAUUGUUCAUCAGCCUCUUUUGGUAACACAGCAGGAACUAAGAGACGGCGUCGAGGAAAUGGGUUUUGGCGCCAUUUUACUGGCGGACGAUCCACCUGGACGAGAUGCAAGCUUCUGGCAGAGGGACACAUCGACCACGACCAUUUGGAUUGUAGGGAUGACCUGCAACUCUUGCGUGCAGUCUGUAGAAGGGAGGGUCUCUCAGAUGACGGGGGUUAAAUCCAUCCAGGUGUCACUGAAAGAGGAAAAGGGAACGAUCACCUUUGACUCCAGUCUGACAGAGCCAGAGGAACUCAGGGCGGCUAUCGAGGACAUGGGAUUCGACGCAUCACUCGAAGAAUCUGCAAAGAGCCCCCAAAGGCAUGAGAAGUCCAAACCUGUAAACUCUGGACCUUUUGGCCCUCCUGACAUAAAAUCUCCAGACAAAGCAGGAAUCGUCAACGGCACUGCGCCACAGUCCACGUCUGGCGGCGCGACUAAAGCACAGAAAUGCUUCGUCCGUGUAACAGGGAUGACCUGUGCCUCUUGUGUGGCCAACAUCGAGAAGAACCUGCUCAAACACGCGGGAAUCAGCACAGUGCUGGUGUCGCUGAUGGCUGGAAAAGCAGAAGUGAAAUAUGAUCCAAAAGUCAUGAACGCUGCUGCUGUGUCUCAGCUCGUAGAAGACUUGGGCUACGGCGCGACACUGAUGGAUGACAGUGAAGAAACACAGGGGAAACUGAACCUCACUAUAACAGGCAUGACAUGUGCAUCCUGCGUCCACAAUAUCGAGUCCAAACUCACCUCAACCAAAGGGAUCAUCGGGGCCUCUGUCGCCCUCGCAACCAAAAAAGCUCAGGUCCAGUUUGACCCUGAAGUGCUCGGCGCUCGAGAUAUAAUCAAGAUCAUUCAGAGCCUUGGUUUCGAGGCCAGUCUGGAGAAGGCGGGCUUCAAAGACAACCUCGAUCACACGGAAGAAAUUCAACAGUGGAGAAACUCCUUCCUGCUCAGUCUGAUUUUCGGGCUCCCUGUCAUGGGACUGAUGAUCUACAUGAUGGUGAUGGACAGUCAGCACCAGGAACACGGAGGCUCAAUGCCCGAGGGGCAGAACCUGCUGCCUGGACUCUCCCUCCUCAACCUGGCCUUCUUCCUGCUGUGUACACCUGUGCAGAUAUUCGGGGGCAGAUAUUUCUACAUCCAGGCGUACCGCUCUCUGAAACACCACACGGCAAACAUGGACGUGCUGAUCGUGUUGGCCACCUCCAUCGCCUACAUCUACUCCUGUGUCGUCCUCGUUGUAGCGAUGGCGGAACAAGCAAGUCAGAGCCCCGUCACCUUCUUCGACACGCCGCCCAUGCUCUUCGUGUUCAUCGCUCUCGGGCGAUGGCUGGAGCACGUAGCAAAGAGUAAAACGUCCGAGGCUUUGGCCAAACUGAUGUCACUUCAAGCCACUGACGCCACCGUGGUCACUUUAGGUCCCGACCACUCCAUCAUCAGUGAGGAGCAGGUGGUGGUGGAUCUGGUCCAGCGAGGUGACAUUGUCAAAGUGGCCCCAGGAGGAAAGUUUCCUGUGGAUGGGAAAGUGAUUGAAGGCAGCUCGAUGGCAGACGAGUCUUUAAUCACAGGUGAGCCGAUGCCCGUCAGUAAGAAGGUGGGCAGUUUGGUGAUCGCAGGCUCCAUCAACGCUCACGGCGCUCUGCUGGUAGAGGCCACGCACGUCGGAGCGGACACCACUCUGUGUCAGAUAGUCAAACUGGUGGAAGAGGCCCAAACAUCCAAGGCUCCCAUCCAGCAGUUUGCCGACAGGAUCAGUGGAUAUUUUGUGCCCUUCAUCAUGCUCGUCUCUCUGCUCACACUGGUGGCCUGGCUCGCUGUCGGGUUCGUCAACUUUGAAAUUGUGAAAGAAAACUUCCCGGGUUACAACCAGAACAUCUCCAGAGCCGAGGUCAUCGUCCGCUUUGCCUUCCAGGCCUCCAUCACUGUUCUGUCCAUCGCCUGCCCCUGCUCUCUGGGGCUGGCAACCCCGACGGCUGUCAUGGUGGGAACAGGGGUCGGAGCUCAGAACGGGAUCCUGAUCAAAGGAGGCGAGCCGCUGGAGAUGGCCCACAAGAUCCGCGUGGUGAUGUUUGAUAAAACCGGCACGAUCACAAACGGCGUCCCGCGGGUGACGCGCGUGUUGGUGUUGUGGGAAAUGGCCCGCAUGCCUCUGAGGAAAAUCCUGGCGGUGGUGGGCACAGCGGAGGCCAGCAGCGAGCACCCGCUGGGCAUGGCGGUCGCCAAACACUGCAAAGAGGAGCUGGGAUCAGGCGUGCUGGGAUACUGUCAGGACUUCCAGGCGGUGCCCGGCUGUGGGAUCAGCUGCCGGGUUUCCAACGUGCAACAUCUGCUGCCGCCGCAGAGCGAGCAGCGCUUCCUGCUGCCCGGAGCCACCACGGACGAAAGCAGCCUGCUCGCUCCUGCAGAGCACACGACUGCAGGCGAGUCGUCGUCUUACUCGGUCCUGAUUGGGAACAGAGAGUGGAUGAGGAGAAACGGACACCACAUCGAAGCAGACGUGGAUGCUGCCAUGGCGAGCCAUGAGACCAAAGGUCAAACUGCCAUUCUGGUGGCAAUAGACGGUGUCCUUUGUGCCAUGAUAGCCAUCGCAGACACGGUGAAGGCGGAGUCAAAGUUGGCGGUGCACACGCUCCAAAGUCAGGGCAUCGAGGUGGUCAUGAUAACAGGAGAUAACAAACGCACGGCUAAAGCAAUAGCAGCACAGGUGGGGAUCAGGAAGGUGUUUGCGGAGGUUUUGCCGUCGCAUAAAGUAGCCAAAGUCCAGGAGCUGCAGGGGAAAGGCCUGCGGGUGGCGAUGGUGGGAGACGGCGUCAACGACUCGCCGGCCCUCGCCCGGGCCGACGUCGGCAUCGCCAUCGGCACGGGCACAGACGUGGCCAUCGAGGCUGCGGACAUCGUCCUCAUCCGUAACGACCUGCUGGACGUGGUGGCGAGUAUCGAGCUCUCAAAGAAGACGGUGCGAAGGAUCAGAAUCAACUUUGUCUUCGCUCUCAUCUACAACCUUGUAGGAAUCCCCAUAGCUGCAGGCGUGUUCAUGCCGGCCGGCCUCGUGCUCCAACCCUGGAUGGGCUCCGCUGCAAUGGCCGCCUCGUCUGUUUCAGUCGUUCUGUCUUCUUUGCUGCUGAGAUUGUUUAAGAAAACCUCGGUGGAGCUGUACGAGCAGCGCGCGCGGGGUCAAAUGAGGAGCCUCCGCUCGUCGCAGAUCAGCACCCAUCUGGGUCUGGACGGCCAGCGGCGCAGCCCCGCUCUCCCCGCGGCCGCUCGGGAGCAUCUGAGCCAGAACAGCGCGGCGCCACCCGUCCUGUCCGGGCCACUGUCCAGCCAGGGGCCGUCCAUUAACUCUGUGCAGGAGCAGCAGGACCGCUACUCCCUGCUGGACUUCACGACUGCAGAGGACCUUAAUGUGUAGAGAAGGGAAAAGGGAAGGACUAAGAUGUCACUUUUAGAAAUAUAGUGGCACCUUUUUUUGUAAUAUUUUUAUGUAAAUAGACAAGUUUAAGAGCCACUUUGGGUGUUUCUGAGGACACAAACUCAACCAAAAUCUAUAACUUAAAGAAGAAAAUGUCAAAAACUGAAGCUGCUAUUACUUCAAAUGAAGGUUUUACUGAAUUUUUGUUUUAUUUUUUAACAUUCUUGUCCAUUUUCACACUAAAUAGAUCCCACAUCACUGCUGUAAGGAUGCACUUUUACAAUACACAUAACUCACACAAAGCUGCACUUGUCCUUGUGUAUACAUCUGUGUAGGUAUAAGAGACAUAGGUUAUAAAUAAUGCAUGAGCUGAUAAAGUAAAAAAUAAUUCCUACAA